UGCUUUAGAUGCCUUCCCUUAAGGCUGGUCCCAGUCCCUUUCUGAAAGUUAAUUUCCCCAUUUCCUGGCCAUUCUCUCCUGUUCCUGUCCUCAACUUACGACUGCCACUGGAACCAAAAUGUCUGUUGUUAAGCAAGGCUCCUGGAUUGCCCCUCACAGACCAUCCUGUCCAGUUAGAGGCUCUGCUGGUUUGGGUUGCCUCUGAAACCCUCCACUGCAAAAAUGCAGAAGGCAGACAGAGAGACCCUCGUCUCCUGCUUAGGCAUGAAGAGAUGCCGUCCAUGCAUGCAGGGAGAGAGAGCAAAGGAAGUCCUGGGUCUGGAUUCACACAACCCAAUUCACCAAGGUCAAAAAGGGCUGGGUCGCCUGCAGGCAACUGCAUUGCUCCAGAGACCCCCUUUCUGUUCUGGAAGUUGUUUUUCUGGAAAUCGGUUAGACCACCCCUGUUCCAAGAAGCCAUCUGGGAGGCGGAGGAAGGAGGCGAGAACAUUGCUAAUUCUCCAGAAAGGGUCACCCUUGGAAGGAUACAUACUGUGCCGCCUGAAAGGGGUGUUGCUUCAGGCGGGGGCUCUCUAGCAGCACAAAGCCUGGCUGAAGAAUAUCCCUGUUUCCAGCCUGUUUCCAGUGACAGGUGCUGGCCAUUGUCUCCUUGACACUUUCAGGACAGACUAAGCAGCAGCUAUUUAGAGAAUCUCACAGUGUUGCUCUGACACAGGCAGCCUUCAUUUGCCUGCUUCUGUUGUGACCCGCCAGCGGAUCUGGCAGCAGAUUGGGCCAAUGAGGAGGUUGGGGAGGAACAUGGGCCAGUCCUGGAGUCGGGGGAAGGCUCUGAUGAGGGCUCUAUAUCGGAGGCAGAGAGGAGACCACGGCCGUAUGCCAGUUAUCAGCUGCCUUCGGGUCAGACAUCAGUGAGGCAGAUGAACAGCUGGAGCCUGUUCCCAGGGUGCACAUGUGCAGAGUUGCCAGACGAAGGGAACAGCUAAAGAACAAGGGUCGACUCAGGAGUAAGGCCACAGGUGGACGAUGAACGGCCCCUCCCAGAGGGAAUAAAAGAGGAGCGAAAGGGGAGUGGAGUUUGCAGGAGACAAUUCGUUCAUUCCUGCAUUCUUGACAAGUAUUGCAGCAUCUGAAAGAUAUCGGCCUGGCCACUUUCCAAGGCUGAUAAAGGUCAGUAAUUGUGAACUAUUUUGAAAGACUGUGGGAGAGGAAAGACUUUGCUGGAGAGGAAUUCACUGUCAUUUAAAUAAAAGGGGUUUAUCGGGACGAGGACUUGGCUUUGUGCUGUUGGGGAAGCCUAGGUCAGAUCAGCUUCAUAGCCAGAGGAAGACUGGGGGAGGGGAGUGAACUUUGCUUUUUUCUCCUUCUUGGGCUUCUUCUUCUUCUUUUUUUCUUUUUCUUUUUUCUUUUUUCUUUUUUCUUUCUUUUUUUUUUUUUUUUGUGCCUCUAGCAGCGAUUUCAUCUCUUCCUGAUCCUGCUGUGACCAAAUUUCUUUCUACCGUUUGGGCCAGGAGAACACGUUUAGCUCCUCCUCUGCCUCUCGGUGGGUGAAAGGAGGAGAGGGCCUUCUUCUCCGAGAUGGCAACCCGGCGGCUUCGCUCUGGAGACCUGGCCCGCUUUUGCCAAAAGCUCAACCGAGUGAAGACUCUGCAAGAUGACCUCAUGGAGACCUCCUUCAACCGUUGCUUGAGCACAGUUGAUCUGACGCUGCUGGGCAUUGGCGGGAUGGUGGGCUCUGGCCUCUACGUGCUCACCGGCACUGUCGCUAAAGAGACCGCUGGGCCGGCUAUCGUGGUGUCCUUCAUCAUUGCGGGCAUCGCCUCUCUGCUGGCCGCCCUCUGCUAUGCUGAGUUUGGUGCCCAGGUGCCCAAGACGGGCUCUGCAUACAUGUUCACCUAUGUCUCGGUGGGCGAGAUCUGGGCCUUUCUCAUAGGUUGGAAUGUCAUUCUGGAGUACAUGAUUGGUGGGGCAGCUGUUGCCAGAGCCUGGAGUGGCUACCUGGAUUCCAUUUUUGACCACAGGAUCAAGAACUUCACGGAGACCCAUGUUGGCAUUUGGCAGGUACCUUUCUUGGCCCAUUAUCCGGACUUUUUGGCAUCUGGCAUUGUGCUCAUCGCCACGGCCUUCAUUUCCUUCGGUGCCCGGUUCUCCUCUUGGCUCAACCACGUCUUCUCGGCCAUCAGCAUGGGAGUCAUUCUCUUCAUCCUGGUGAUGGGAUUCAUCCUGGCCAGGCCCCAGAACUGGAGUGCCAGUGAAGGAGGAUUUGCCCCUUAUGGCAUCUCUGGGAUCAUGGCCGGCUCAGCCACGUGCUUCUAUGCCUUUGUGGGCUUUGAUGUUAUUGCCACGUCCAGCGAGGAGGCCCGGAACCCGGAAAAGGCCAUUCCGAGGGCCAUCGCCAUCUCACUGAGCCUUGCCACCGGAGCAUAUAUCCUUGUGUCCGUAGUGUUGACGCUGAUGGUGCCCUGGCAUUCUCUGGACCCCGAUGCAGCCUUAGCCGACGCCUUCUACAAGAGGGGUUAUUCCUGGGCAGGUUUCAUUGUGGCCACCGGUUCCAUUUGUGCCAUGAACACCGUUCUCCUCAGCAACCUCUUCUCCCUGCCUCGGAUUGUCUACGCCAUGGCCGAGGACGGUCUCUUUUUCCAGGUGUUUGCCCGUGUUCACCCCCGCACGAAGGUGCCCGUGGUGGCUAUCGUGGUGUUUGGCUUCCUCAUGUCUGUCCUCUCGUUCAUCUUUGACCUGGAGGCCCUGGUCCAGUUCCUCUCCAUCGGCACGCUCCUGGCCUACACCUUUGUCGCAGCCAGCGUGAUCAUCCUGCGCUUCCAGCAAGCCAAGGCUGAAGAUCAGGAGGCCGCUGGGAGGAGCGAGGCCGCCCCGGCACCGGCUGAGCCUGCGGGCGCCACCGAACCCAAGGAAUACGAGUCUUUCUCAGAUAAGCUGCAGCUGGUGGGCAAAGAGAAGGCGGGGAGCUUGCGCGAACCAGGGCAGCUGAAGGCAGCCUUUGAACCCUACUUAGAGUUCCUCAGUGAUUUCUACCCUGGGGAAGUGGUCACCGUGGCCGUGGUGGUCCUCAUGGUGUCGGCCCUCUGCUUGGCAUCCAUCCUGGUCUUUGGAAAGACACAGCUCCACCUGCCCACCUGGAGUUACACCUUGCUCAUCCUGCUCUCCAGCCUGGCUUUCACGGGCAGCCUUGUCCUCAUCAGCGUCCAUGAGCAGAAGCCGACCAGCCGGACGUUCCAGCUUCCUCUGGUGCCACUGACGCCUGCCCUGAGUAUUUUCAUCAACCUCUUCCUCAUGCUGAAGCUCAGCUACAUGACCUGGCUGAGGUUCUCCAUCUGGUUGGUGGCAGGCCUGCUGGUCUACUUCAGCUACGGCAUCUGGCACAGCAAAGAGAACCUGCGGGACUCCCCGACACAGGACGUCCGAGCCCGCUACGUGGUCUUCCCUAGCAGCAGCCUGGAGGAGACGGUGCAGACAGUGCAGCCCAGGACAGAGCCUGCCCAGGGCCUGCCGGAUGCCCAGGAGAGUGGCGAAGAAGCCAAGAGGUGACCUGGGAAGAUCCAGCAGAGGCCACGCUUCCCUCAUCCCCCCUCCAUCCUGCCCGUUGCUGUCCAGUCUGGGCAGAGAAGAGCGCAGGCAGGAAAGUCUGGAGAGAAACCAAGCUUUUACUGCCAAGAGGGGGGCGACCCCCACUACUCCUCUCUUACCUGGCCUCACUUCUCUGACUGGACUCAUCCAUUUGCCGGACACCCUUGAGAAAUGGCUCCUUCGCUUGUGUCCCAUGCUUGCAGCCCAGCUAAGCCGCCCUCUUCCAGCAAAGGGGUCCCAUCCGGUGCCUCCUUUGUGCCAUCUACUUGCUCCCCUCCCUCUCUGGCUUGCCCUCCAAGAGGCAGUGCCUGGCCUGCCACUUCAGGGUCUUGAUAAAAUCAGUGGGAGGAAGGCAGGGGGCGUAACGUAUGCCAGGAUGCUGCCCGUUUGAAGGGCUCCUCCAGGGCAGAGACAGAGCUGUCAGAAUGAUGGACUAACUCUGAGACAAGCUGAUUUUUCAGUUUCUGUCUCAAAUGGUACCAAAAGUGACCCCGGCACAUCUGAGAGCCCGAGCAUCUCUCUCUUGCACAGACCCUGCGAUGUGGUGAUCAUACCCAUCCAGCUGACAAGAGUGUUCAGGGCUGGAACAAGAGCAGGCGUUAAAAAGUGUGGUAAGCACACUUCCUCCUGCACAAGCUUGGCCCAUCAAGAUGUGAUGGGGACAACCUGGUGGGUAGCACCACCGACGGAGAGAGAGAGAGAGCAGGAGAGCCAGGAGAGCCCACCAAUUGCAACGAGGCAUUGCCUGCCGUUGGCCACAGCAGGAGCAAACCAAGGCUGGUCAAGGAAGUCAACAUGGCAGUCUUGACAAGGCAAUAGGAGGUCCUUCAACUCUAUAAUGGUGGCCACCUUGAUUUUUUUGGACUCUUCUCUUCUUCCCCUGGAUAGCCCUAGAUCAGGGGUCUCCAACCUUGGCAAUUCUGGAAUUCUGGAAGUUGGAGCCCACAGGUCUUAAAGUUGCCAAGGUUGGAGACCCCUGCCCUAGAGCAAAGCAGCCCCGAUGUGGAGAGAAACAGUGGAAGGAGAUGGAUGGGCAAGAAGGCCAACGCUGGACUUCCCCAGAAAGCGUUGGCAAAGAUUACAAUGGGUGCCUCCUCGUUUCCUCGGAGAAGCUGGGAGAAGGAGAACAGCUGAGUUCACACAACACCCUACCCCAGGGUUCUUUGCUUUGCCAAAUACCCUGAACGACCCAAUCAUAGGUUAGCACAACAGGCUAAAUCACACACAACCAUCACACAGACAGAGAGACUGCCAUGCUAAAAUUCUCCCAGCUGGACCUGUGGGGUAGAUACAGCUUGUAAUUGCCCUGCCUUGGUGUGCUGUCUGAACACGGCCUCUCGGGUGGCUCUGCUCUUCCCAACGUGUUGUGAGAACACAAAGAGGCCCUUUCUGGCCCGUGGAACUCUGCUGGUUGGAAAGCCCUACAGGGAAGGUGCUUGGAACCAGCCUGGCCUGCGGGGUUUGCCUUCCUCCUGCAGGAUUGCAAGGGGGGCUGCCCCCCCUCCCGCACAGACCCUCACCCAAAGGGGCAACAGCAUGUGCUCCCUGGAGGAUGCACAGAGCACAUAGGGGUGGUGGGCCCGUGAGAAGGGGCUGCCUCUAGGUCCAUGAAGGAGGGCCGGAGCAGGGGGGAAGCAACAUUUUGGGAAAAGAGGAAAUGCCUGCUAGGACUUCUGAAGCAAUUGGGGGGGGGGGAGAGAAGACAGAAGUCAAAUUUCAUUUUGGGACAAUAAUGUAGAGGAAGAUCUUGCUUCCCUUUUUGCAGCUUUCCUCCCUGGGAGGGGCUGUCCAGGGUAUGUCCUGCCUGGCAGCCCCAGCUCCUUUCCCACUGCGCACUUCCUCUGCUUCCUGCUUAACUGUGUGCUGGGUGUGUGUGUGUGUGUGUGUCUCUGCCCUGGCCACAUCCUCCUCCUUUUCCUUUUGUGUGGUGACUUUUGUGCGAUGGCAUUUGGCCAAGAAGCCAGCCAACCAACGAUAAAAGACUUGUUUCUACUGGGCGGCGAGUUCUUCAAGUGACGUUGUGGUGCAGAUUACUUCAGCCAGCAAUGUAGUUUGCAGGCAGCCUUUCCCCACUUCGGAAAUCCUAAAUCCACACCCGUCCUUGUAAGUGACAAAAAGGGAAUGGUGUUAAAUAUAGGAGGAGCAACUGUCUCAAGUGUUAAUAUAAAUUUCAGGUUUCUUACAGCAAAGGUGUGGCUUGCCCGAGCUCUACCUUUUGGGGGAGCGCACCCUUUGCACAUCAUUCCAAAGACAGAGGCAAGGCCUUGUGCCCACCCACCCACCCUACUCACCUCAAGCUCCCUUGCUCAGAGGUGCCUCAAGGCUGAGCUUUGCCACGAUGUGGUUCUCCAUUCCUUCCAGUGGUGAAAUCCUGCCAGUUCUAUCUGGUUCGUGCGAACCGGUAGUGGCAGAAGCGCAAGGGCUCCACCCACCCACCUGGACAUUACUUCCUGGUUAAAACCAGGAAGUAACAAUGUCCAGGUGGGUGGGUGGAGCCACCCGUUUUUUACCCUCUGCAUGCGCAGGUUUUACGCAUGUGCAGAAGGUCAAAAAUUGGACAUGAUGAUGGGGCGCUUUCGAGCACUUCCAAACUAAUAGGGAAGGUAAGAUUUCACCCCUCAUUCCUUCCCACUUGGAUUACCCCACAACAGUCAUCACAAGAAGUUUAAUAAGGUUGCGCUUCAGUAGAAAACUUUUUAAAGAAUCCCGCUUGUGCAUAAAAUUACAAGGCAUGAAUAGGUUUUAAAAGAUCACCUCAUUCUUUCUAUAAAAUAGUGGCUUCUAAUAAAAUCUUUCCGUAAGAUUUUUCUUGCAGAGCUAUCACACCCACUUGGUGGCAUUCAAAGGACUGUAGCACACAGCAUCAAACAUUUCUCCCAUGCGGUCCUCCGGCCUUCAAACCCCAGGAAUUUAAAAAAACAAAAACCUGUAGGGGACUAACUGGUUAAAUGGCCUGAUCAGUUAAUUAAUAGCAAAAUCAGUGCACAGCUCUGGGUACUUCAUUCUCAAGGGGAACAAAACCCCAAUGAUUUUGCUAGUUCUUCUAAAUUGGUGUGUGAACUUCCAUCCUCGCAAUGCCAGAUAGAAGUCACUUUUUGAUUCCAAUCUUCCUAGUUAGGAACUACUAACUACAUGAUGCAUUUGAGGCUGGUUUCGAACCCAUGCCCAGUAGUUUUUAUUAACUUCCACAUCAAAAUAAAGAUACUUGUAGGUACCUUAAAGUCUGUCAUCUACCAAAGCUUAUGGAAUAGCAGAUCUUUAAAGAAUUACUAGAUUUCUUGCCAUUCUUUUUUUUUUUUUUUAACCUCCUUUCUGAGGUGUGUCUCUUCUAGAACAGAUUCAUGAAUAUUGAUCUUUCCUCUCUGGCCCAUUUUUUCUGUUGAAGCAUAUAAAGACCCUUGUGCUAAUUCACCCAGUGAAUUUUAUUUAUUUACUAGACAACCCGUGCCCUGUUGGGUCAUCAUUUUAGAAAUAUUUCCUUGCCAGAUUCCUCAGUAUCUCUUUAAGAAUGGCAGAGCUUCUAAAGGACUUGAAAAGUUCUUAAAAAUUCAGGAUAACAUUCAGAUAUGUAUCGGCCUUGAAAGUAGCCCGUGUUGAAUCGUAUAGCACACUCAAAUAUUGACCACAGGAAAUGUUUUAUGACAGUUUUUCAUUAUUACAUAAAAUGCUAAUUUUUAUGUCAUAAAAUGCUGUAUGAAAUUUGCCAAAUUUCAGUUCUACAAGAGUUUUUAUGUCCAGGGGUGGGUUCUACUUACCUUUACUACUGGUUUGCAACGGGAGCACACGUGUGCUCUUCUGCGCAUUCGCAGAUCACCCACGAUGAUGUGCCUCCCGCUGGUUUUACUACCGGUUCUAUGGAGCAACCCACCACUGGUUAUGUCCCAGAUUUUGGAGACACAUUCUGUAAAUUAGCCCAUCUGAAGCAUACUGGCUGAAAAAGUUUUGGCUUAUGAUGUACCUUUUCACCCAGCUAGAGGUUACAGACCCCAGAGUUUUAGGGAUGUGUAUAGAUUUAGAUUUAUUUAUUUAUUAAAAUUUAUACAGCCGCCCAUCUCGCACAAAGUGAUUCUGGGCAGAAUACAUCUCAAUUUAACAACAAUACAAUAUUUCUCUGACAAGAUUGGCAAAACUGAAGUUUACAAAAAGAAAAAUAAAAAAUAAAAUAAAAAGAGAACU